UGACUGAGCUGUUCCUGUACAAAAUUAUUUUUCUGAUAUAACUUACUUUGCGGAGAAAACAACACAGUUACGUCAAUGCCUGCAGCAUUUUACGUUGGACUAAUCAUGGAAAGUGGCUCUACUUCCUGCGUGGACAUGCUGGGUUUCGUGAUAUAACAGACUUCUUGAGUGCUUUGUGUUUGACGCUCGUUCCGACCUCAUGCAGCGUUGUGUUUCAUGGUUUGUCUUACGCUCUAAACGCUAAGCCAUCACGAUGCCGCUUAAAAAGAUCGCAGUCACUCCGAUUAUCUCUAAGCAGACCAGCGUCAUGGAGGAAACGGAUGUGGGUCUCUGCAACCAGGGAAAUGAGAAUGACAGUAACAAAGAAAAAGACGAAAAACAGAACCAUGCUAAGAAAAAUCCUGCCUUCAUCAUGGACCCAAAAGACAUCCCCAGCCAAGUAGAUGGACAAACACAAGGAACACAAGGACACCAAAGCACUGUGCCUACAUCAACAACAACCCCCGACAAAGACAAUGACGAACUAAAUAAACCACCCUUACAACAACGCUGGUCUAAGGGGGUUCUAACCCGUACUGGUUCCACACAAUCCUCAGUCUCGGUGAUUUCAUCUAACAACGAUAUCUGUCGUAUUUGUCACUGCGAGGGAGAUGAUGAGUUGCCAUUGGUUACGCCGUGUCUGUGUUUGGGUAGCCUUCAGCACGUCCAUCAAGCUUGCCUGCAACAGUGGAUCAAAAGCUCUAAUACAAAGUCUUGUGAGUUGUGUCGAUUCCCGUUUGUUAUGCAGACUAAGCUGAAACCAAUAGGAAAGUGGGAGAAGCUAGAGAUGUCAACAGGCGAACGUCGCAAGAUCAUCUGCUCCGUUUCAUUCCACAUCAUCGCGAUCACUUGCGUUGUCUGGGCCCUAUACGUUCUCAUCGACCGUCUGACAGCAGAACUACGCAACAGCAACGGCGCCACCGAGUGGCCGUUCUGGACCAAGCUCGUUGUCGUUGCGAUCGGCUUCACGGGAGGUCUGGUAUUCAUGUACGUCCAAUGCAAGGUUUAUUUACAGCUGUGGAGACGGUUAAAGGCGUAUAACCGCGUCAUUUAUGUACAGAACUGUCCGUCUGAGGAGAGGAUGAAAGUCCGGCAGUCUAAAGUGGUACCUGAACCCCCACCUGCUCACGUUGAAAUAAUCAACUAAAUUAAAUCCUAGUGCAAUGGACGUGUGUACAUUGAAGUCAUCCGACUGGUAAAAUGGUACUGAAAACAAUGGUAGUUGUUUGUGUGCAGCGCACAGGAUGAGCUAAUGAGAUACCUUCUUUUUACCUCUAUGAGAGAGUACCCUCAUGCGGUGACAUCGUAUGCGUAUGAUUCAAUUAUUUAGUCUUCUUUUUGGGGAUUUUCUUUUGAAUGUGUUUUGAAAUGUCCAGUUAUAACUUUCAUACAUGAACAAAAUACACAUAGUAACCAAUGUGAACACCCUAUUUAUUUAAUAAUUUUGUUGACAUCUAAUUUGUUAAGUCCAGGUGAGACCAGUAACCUUUUAAUAGUCAUCAUGUUUAUUCAUAGAAAUGUUCCAGUUAAUUUAGGAGCUAUGUCGUCAUGAUCAAAGAAGGCCUUUGUCUGCACAUGGAAUAGACCCUUCCCAUGAAAUAUGUAAAUUGCACAUAGAGCGUGUGCACUAACAUUUUGGUUGGCAAAAUGAGGGAACAUCGCACUGUUUUGUACCCAGCUAAUGGGUGCAUGAUGCAGAUGCGAUUGCGCGUCUGCUGAGUGCACAACUCUAUGGUGUUUGCCCACCAACAGGGUCUGUAGGCAUGCGUGAAUGUAAUUAGCAUAUUUCAUGGGAAGGGUCCAUUACAAACCUUCACCAAAUUACUGCACACCUAUACAUCCCAAAUUGGGAGAUUGCUUGCAGUACCGAUCCAGAUCCAUGCGCACUCUAUCUAUUUCUAUAAUACGGGGGGAAGGUGCCCGCAUAAAGCUAGAGUAAUUCUGUAUGUCUUUGAUCAUGACGACCCAGCCAUUUAAACAUGAAAGCCUAACACAUACUACGUGUUGUUUGCUUAUCAAUCACUUUCGCAAUACGGGUUGUAUUUUACAUGUAGUUGAAGUGUUCAAGGGUCCGUGACGUGGCCUUUUAUCCGGUGGUGCAUAUUUUAAACAGAUAUGCAAAACAUGACAUAUGUCUUUGAUAAGUAUGCUCUGUCCGGGAAUUUUGUUCUUUGGGCAAAAAACAACAACCUAGAACUGACUAAUUUCUGCAGCCUAAACAGA